AUGUCUCUCCAAACUCCCUCCUCCAGUGGCCAAUCGCGGUCGGUAGAGCGUACCGAACCCCUGAAGACGAGCGGACGGUUACGUUCGGCAUGCGACUCCUGCCACCAAGCUAAAAUCAGGUGCUCUGGUGGUAAUCCCUGUCUGACUUGUUUGGUAUCUCGAGGACAAUGCUCUUAUAGUCCAGGAAAUCGACUCGGUCGGCCAAAAGGAAGCAAAAACAAGCGGGCUGUGAUAAAGGAAAACAAGAACAAAAGGGAAGAGACACAAGAAGGCAAGAAUAACAAUGGGGCCAAUUCACGCCGUGGAUCAGACCUUGUACGGAAACAAGAACCGCAACAAAAUCAGCAGUCAGACCCGAUGCCUGUCGACUUCAACAUUGAGCAAGGAUUCGACACCAGCCUCCUUCACGACCUUGGCUCGGACUCCUCUGAUCUUUUACUGAACCAGAACUUGGCUUCCCUCAUCGAUUCGAUGAAUGGAACACGUGUGCACACCAGCCUGGAAGAGGGCCUAAAUGCAUCCUUUGCCCAGGCUUCUGCUGCGCUUGUGCCCUCUUAUCAUGACCUGUCCUUUGGUACGCCGGAUUCUUCCGUAUGCGACAGCGGAUAUGCUACUGGUACUGUCAGCUCAUCCGCUGAUGAGACGACCUUACCCAGCCCUAUAGGCGGUAUCUCCCCCGGCGGCAAGCAGGGGUCUAUCAGCACUAAUGCAUUCAUCUUCCCCGAACCAUCUCACUGUUCAUGUCUACAGCAACAAGUGCAGCUAGUUUAUCAGCUAGGCGAUCUACAAAGUUCUCACGCUAGCAAUUCUAGCGUUGAUUGCGUUCUUCACGGAGUUCAACUAGCUCAACUCCCUUGGAAGGGUUUAAUGGAAUGCAGCCGGUGCCAGAGCAAAGAAAACCAUAAAGAUGUUUUUUUAUUAUUUGCCACAAGCAUUUGCAUCCUUCUUUCGUCUGUCCAGAAACUGAACGCAAACCCACGCCAAAUUGAUGUUUCACCUGAGGCAGCCUUGGGAUGGAAUUUUCCAGGCGCCUCGGGCGUAGGAGUCUCAGUGGGCAGUUUCGAGCUAACUGGAGAUACUAGGGAGGAGGUUAUCAGCGUUGUGAUUCGCAGGUCGCUUCAAAGCAUUACUGGCGCACUGUUCUAUCUAUGGGAGCGUGUCGGUGGGCCCAGAUCGCCGCCAAUUUCUGACCUCAGCAAUGGGGGUGGGGGAACAAGCAACACUUCCCCGGAAUCCCCUUUCAGUAUACUUAGCAGGAAAGCCGCCAAAUCGCAGCAACCGUCAUUUCGUCGUGGCUCUAUGGCCUCGGAAAAAUUCGGUGCAGAAGAUAUAGGGGCUCUCCUCGAUAGUUUACAGCGUAUGAUGCAAACUAUCAAACAGGAUCUCCAGGUUUAUACUUGA